GCCUUAUAUGCACUUUUACCCUCCUGCUCCGUCGCUACCCUGCCCGUGUGGCGCUUGUUUGCUAGACCUCGGACAGGUAGGACCGAUGGAAUUGUGUCUGCGCCAUUUUUGCCCUAAAUUCUUUGGUUUUGAUGCGACCGGGGUCUAGUGAAGGGCCUUUGGCUGUUGCAUGCAGGGUUAUGUGUUGGUGCAUGCAGCAUGAAAACAGCUGAAUUCCUGUGACCCUCAUCUCGUCAAUGUCAUGACUCUGCAGAGACUCAGCCGCACUGGAGAAAGAGACAUCAGAUGGACUGUGGCCCUUCUCCAUCAAAUGCUUAUCUUGCGGUGACCCUACACUCCCUCACAGAACUGUUUUGUACAGCCAUCCAUGUUGCAAUAAAUGAUUUAUACCUUCUCUUCAUAUGUGAAUAUUGUACAGUAAUUAGUCAUGUUUGUAUUCUGUGAAAAAUUUAGUUGUCUCCAGCGACAGAACCUGUUAGUGAUUGUACAAUGGCUGUAUGCUUGUUCACUUUGUGCAACAUAAUGUGAAAUAAUGACAGUGUUGCCUUUCUAUUUAUUGCUGUUCAAGUGCAUUCAUGUUAACCGUUGUAUCUUGUCAUGGGCUAGUGAACUGUUGACUCUACUUAUGAGACAAAGUUUGGAACUGUAACAAUGAGUGACAUUCAGAAGAAAUUCCUAUGUCCUCGUCUGGUGGACUAUCUUGCCAUCGUGGGGGCACGACCACAAGGAGCUGCACGUGCCUGCACUGGGUCAACAGCAGGCUCUUCCCCGCCUGUGCAGGCACCUGAGCUCUUGCGGAGGUAUCCCACAGAGGACCACAAGGACUUCCCAUUACCGCUGGACAUGGUUUACUUCUGUCAGCCUGAAGGAUGUGUGUCUGUCGGACCACGACGCACAGUAUUGCGUGAAGCCACAUCAUUUGUGUUCACCCUUACAGAGAAGGAUUCAGGGAAGAGUCGAUAUGGGAUCUGUGUCAAUUUCUAUCGCCCCAUGGAGCGGGUCCCUCCUGGUGGGGGUUUGGGGGGCACUCGUAGGGAUCGGCACUCAUCCACUUUUCGACGAGAAUCUUGGAGAAAGAGCAUAGAGAAGAGCUCUGACUCAGCCUUUUCCAGUUGUGUCUUGUGGUAUGACCCUACCACCAGCGACUACCGCAGCAGCAACAUGGCUCCCAGCGACUCAGACCGAGACUGUCCAUCAAGUCGGCGUGAUUCGGAGACAUCGCAUGGUCUCCAUCAACAGUCUUCCUUGUCUGGCCCCCGGCUUGGAGUAACUGCCCCAAGCAAUGACUCAGAGAGUGGGGGUUCCCACUCCCCCUCCCCAAGAGCGAGCCGAAGAAGACAGAGGGUCCGGAACCACUCCCUGACAUCCCUCUGUCUGCUGUCACACCAUCCUUUCUUCUCAAUAUUCCGUGAGUGCCUAUUCAUACUGAAGAGACUCAUUGAUGCCUGCAAUGAGAACACAUCGCCACGACGUGUGGGUGCUUCCAGACAAAUCUCUAGGGACACGGUAUGGAGUGUACUAACAGGACGUGCUUAUGAAGGCAUGUCCUCCAUUGUUCUGCAUGACGUGCGAGAGAUUGAGACUUGGAUUCUCAGACUGCUCAGCGUUCCUGUACCGGUACCAGGGAAAACAAGAGUUGAGGUAGAAAUCUUGUCUCCCGCACUCCAUCCAGCACUCAUCUUUGCACUGCCGGACCACACACGAUUCUCUCUGGUGGACUUCCCCCUCCACCUGCCACUGGAGCUCCUGGGUGUGGACAUCUGCCUCAAAGUGCUGAUGCUGAUACUGCUGGAGAACAAGCUCGUACUGCAGUCUCGCGACUACAAUGCACUCUCCAUGUCUGUCAUGGCGUUUGUCACCAUGAUCUACCCUCUCGAGUACAUGUUUCCUGUGAUACCACUCUUGCCAACCUGCAUGAGCUGCGCUGAACAGCUGUUGCUGGCACCCACACCCUUUGUCAUAGGCAUCCCAGCCAGCUUCCUGCUUUACAAGAAAAACUUCAGGCUUCCAGAUGAUAUCUGGCUUGUAGAUCUGGAUUCAAACAAGAUCACGCCUCCAUCAGGUUCUGCAGAAGAUGUGCCAAGUCUUCCAGAACCUGAAGGCACAAUCCUUAAGAAUCAUCUGAAACAGGCUAUGCAACUCAUGGACCAGGCUGGCACUGCAGCUCUGAGCAGCAUGUCGUUUCCAGUGUCAGGCACAGCUCCCCAGCCUAUGCAGGUGGAGACGAUAACAGGGGUGGUGCGACGAGACAGUAUCGUCUCACCAGUAUCCAUGCAAAUGGUACCUCCACAGUACCGCAGUACACUGUACCAGUUACCAUUUGCUGCAGCCAGCCGGCGUGAGUCUAUGGCUUCACAGCAGAUUGUGCAGCCACCAAAACUGCAUCCGCAGUCCACAGGUGCUGCUGCAACUGGCUUCAACCCUUUCAUCUAUGGAAGUGAUGUGGACUCAGUAGAUGUCACCACCAGAGUUGCAAUGGUUCGCUUCUUCAACUCGCAGAACCUGUUGGCAAACUUUACAGAACAUACACGCACGCUUCGCCUGUACCCUCGUCCUGUGGUUGCAUUCCAGAUCAACAGUUUCCUAAGGUCUCGUCCACGCACGUCUCACUUCCUCAGCAGAUUUGCUAGGACACAGGCUGUGGAGUUCCUUGCUGAAUGGUCGCUGAUGCCAAGCAAUGUUGCCUUCCUGCGAGUGCACACUGGGGUCUUUGACCCCACCCUGAUUGGGGACAAGCCCAAGUGGUAUGCACACACCUUGGAACCCAUCCGUUUCACCGUGUGGGACCAGUCUAGCUCCCUCAAUGGGGCACUGCGGUCACUGCGUCAGCAGGAGCAGCCCACAGAUGAGAGUGGCUCUGACUCAGAAGGAGCUGAGAGUACAAGCUCGUCAUACUCAUCACUCAGCGACUUUGUGUCGGAGAUGGUAUCUUCAGACCUGUCCCCCAGCUUUCCGAGUGGUACAUCCCACCCAGAUCACAGCGCAGAGAUGUUUGCUCCUCAGCCCGCUGUUCUCUCAAGUGGACUAGAUCUGCGCUCAGUGUAUCACCCUCCAUCGGUUCUGCAACUUCCAGGGACGUCAGUUGAGGAGGACGCAGUUGCUGCUACUGAGCACCCUGAAUCCCCACAUUCAACCUCAUCUAGCCACAGUGACUUGAGUUCACCAAGCUUCAACAGGGACUCGGAACUCGAGUUUGCUGCUCGAUUGAGAGGGGAUAUUCCAGAUUCUAGUUCACUGCCACUGCGGACAGAGACAACGGACAAGGAAGAAAUAACAAGCCCUGGAGGAGAGUCGGACUCAAACUCAACCACCACUACCCCUAAGACUGUGAUCAGCAACCAGUCAUCCCUCCCCCACCACAGUCCAACCCCUAGCUUAGGAAGUGAGACAUCGCUAGGGGGUUCAGAUCGCGACAGGCCUGCCACACCGAAACCCACUCCACGGCUUGCAAGAUCAGUCACACCAGUGCCUCCUCUGAGCCCAGGGAUGGUGCAGCGUCAACCUAGCGUUGGAAAUGUGUUGGCGCGUACAUCGAGCUUUGGAUCAUCCACAGGUGCCACCAGUGGUGCUGCUGCUACGAGUGUGACUCGACAAGGCAGUCAGACGUCACUGUUUGAGCAGUUGGCAUGCACAGCCAAGGAACUGGUGAGGGAGACAACAAGACAGAGUAGCCAGGAUGGACUGCUUGCCCAAAUGGACAAGUUGAAACACCAUGCGAAGGAGAAAAUCACAGAAGCUGCCACAGAUGAGGCACGACUCUUUGCACCUUUGGAACAGUUCACGUUACAAGCCAAGAAGGCUGCAGGAGAGGCAUCCAAGUCCAUGCAGGAAGCUAGCAAGUCGGCCCUUGAGGCCAGCAAAACAGCGGCUGGCGUUAGCAAGAACACAUUUGAGGACCUGACUUAUGUCAGCAAAACUACAUUUGGGGACCUCACCAAGAGUGCGAAGGAAGUAGCUGCGAAGAAGGGCCUUCUUAAGGCUCUAGGUGAUUCUUCUGACAUGGCACCAGGCUCAGCCCAGUCACCGACUCCACCAUCUUACGAGCAGAAUCUCCCACACCAACCUGGGCAUCCUACCCACCAGUCUAUGUCAGCUCCCCCUAGCCGGGAGCUUGUUCAGUCAGACCUCAGCAGAACAGCAGGUCGUGAUAUUCUGGGUUCAGGAGGAAGAGAUUUCUUCUCCAAUGUGAGCUCUGAGCUGAACGGCAUUGCUGCACAGACGUCCAGCAUGUUCAGUGGUAUCUUCGGCAGGAGAGAUGUGGGCACAAAGAGCACCGCAAGUGCACACAGUGUCAGCCCACAACCCAAUGUUAUGGCUUCAGUGUCAGGCACCAGUGGGGCAAGUGCACCCAAGGCAAAGGAGAAGGCCCAGCCCUUUGGACCCUUUCCAAAAGGCAGGAAGGGCCUGGUGGAGAAGUCAUCUCUGAUCCGUCAUAGCCCCAGCAAAUCAAGGCAGGAGGAGCUGCAACGCAUGCAAAGUGCAGAGCGAUCAUCCACCAACACAGAGAACCAGGCCUUCCUCAAAGAUGUUGUGAAUCAGGUGCUUGAAGGAGAGGGCAUAGGUUGGCUCAAGCUGAACCGUCUCAAGAAGCUCAUGGAGGAUGAAAGUUACCGCAACUUUGUCGUGAGCAAGCUGAAUCGUACCCUGGACAGGAAAAUCAGCCCUGAUGAUCACAUUGAUGAUGUGUGUGUAAGCCGACCAGUAUGGAAGGGCAUGCUAAAGAUGCUACAAGCAGUGACAUAUGGACUUGAGCAAACAUUCUCCAACUUUGGUCUGGGUGGCAUGGCAUCAGCAUUUCAGGUGCUGGAGAUUGCUCACACACAUUACUGGACAAAGGAUCUCUCUGAGGCUCAGGGACUGGAUCUCGGAGGAGGUGGCACAGCCAUGACAUCUCAGGCUUCUAGUCCAUAUGGUAGCCAUGAGAACCUGAAGUCUCCUGUCAGUCCACUUACAGGUUCUCCUCUCCCUCAUCUCGACUUCUACCAGCAGGAUCCCGUGUCACGAAAGUCUUCCCAAGCUGGCGUCAGUGAUUCACCCCCAUCCGUGAAACUGGUUCAUGACUCCCUCCAGGGUCCCGGGACAGAGGAAGGGCCAGACAAUCAAUCGGCAGCUGACAUGUUGCGUGACCUCCUGAACCAGAAGAGGCAAAUUUUGCUGUCAAAGCUCACGUCUAUUGACUCUGAGGGUGGGGCUGAGAACACUUUACACGGCUCAACCGAGGGUGUUGCAUCUUGCAAUGCAUCAGAUGCAGGCAGCAUCAUAACCAAUCCUGCAUUUACCAGGCAAAGACUGACUGGGCACCACGCCUCGUUCCGCAGUACUGUGUCUGAUAGUGAGGUAGAGCAAGGCAAUUUCCCUCGCCAGGCAAAGCAGCGGACACCGAGUGUAUGGUCCAGCAAAUCAUCCCUCAGUACUGGCUUCCGUUACCAUGGUGGCAGCAUGAUCAACACAGCUACCACUCCCAGUCCUGAUACUGGUCGGACAUAUCUGUUUGAAGGCCUGAUAGGGAAGGAACGCUCAACUCUGUGGGACCAGAUGCAGUUUUGGGAAGAUGCCUUCCUGGAUGCAGUGUCACAGGAACGAGACAUGGUUGGCAUGGACCAGGGUCCUGGCGAGAUGAUGGAAAGGUACAACUCUCUGAGUGACACAGAACGCAAGCGGUUAGAGCAUGAUGAGGACCGUCUUCUGUCAACUAUGCUGUAUAAUCUGGUGGCAAUAAUGGUGAUGGUGAAUGUGAACAAGUUUGAGCUGAAGCGUAAGGUGCGAAGACUUUUGGGCAAAAGCCAUAUUGGUCUGGUGUACAGCCAGGAGGUGAAUGAACUGCUUGACCAGAUCAACAAUUUGCAUGGUAAUGACAUCGACCUCAAGCCACUGGGUUCACGCCAGGUCCAUCGACAGAGCUUCACAGUUCAUGCUGGCGUUGAUGCGUCAGGAGACCUGCUGUUCCUAGAAGUACGAGAAGAUGGCCUGGUGCUACGUUCCGUUAAUGGCACAAUUGUUGAACGCUGGUGGUUUGAACGUCUUGUUAAUAUGACAUACAGCCCAAAAAACAAGGUUCUUUGCCUUUGGAGACGCAAUGGAGGACAAACACAGCUGCACAAGUACUACACAAAGAAGUGUAAGGAACUGUACUAUGCCAUCAAGGAAGCCAUGGAGCGGGCUGCAGCCCGUGGCAGUGGUGUUCUGGCUGGUCUGGAACUGGGUGGGGAAUUUCCUGUUCAAGAUAUGCGUACAGGAGAAGGUGGUCUGUUGCAGGUGUGCAUGGAAGGCGUUGGUCUGCUCUUCGCAAACAGCAAGGAUUUUGAGUUUUUCGUGCGCCUGGAUCACAUUCGCAAGUGCUUCACACAGAAGGGUGGCAUUUUUGUCCUGGAGGAAUACAAUCCAAAGACGAGGCAGAUGAUACAGCGCAAGUACAAGUCCUCUAUGUCGGACCAAAUCUGCUAUGCCGUGCUGUGUGUGUUCUCAUACAUCGCAGCAGGCCAGGAACAGCGACGCUUGCAGCAACACAUGUCAGCAGAACUCCCAGCUUCGCGACGUCACUGACCCGUGCACCAGUCUCUACAGUUCACUGUGGCAAACAGUGAUGAGGCUUGUGCACUUUACUGUCUACCGUGGAUGUAGCCCUGUUCAUUCUCAUUACUCCCAGUUUCACCCAACUGAGUACUUUCACACAAAUUCUGAGGUAGAAUUCAGAGAGUUCCAUAAUUUCAUAUGCUGUGCCUAUUCACUUUUAAUUGGUUUAACUGUCCGGAACUAAGUACUUAACAUUUAUUGCAUGAUUAUGAACAGUAAGUUUUGGAGUGAUAACUACAAAUGGUAAAUUGGGAAUACUAUAGAGGAAAGUGAUCAUGGUGUUUGUUAAAAAAUAUUUGUAAAGCUGGGAUUAUGGACAAAUCGUUAAUUUUUAAUUAGGAUUAGCAAAGAGACAGAAUUAAUGUUGAUUUGCUGCUUACUAUUUGAGGUUGUGAAACUGAGUUGAGAGUUGUACAGUGUCAUGAAUUUUGCUUCCCAAAAAUCCUGCGCUCACGUUAGUAGUACGAGUAUUAAUGCUGGCCUCCAUACAUAACGUUAACACUAUGUAGAUCAUUAAGGGUGUUACUUGGUAUCAUGGGUGCUCAUUUUGAAGAAUAGAUUUUUUUAAUUAGAAUCUCUUCAUUGAAGCCAAGCAUAAGAAGAGAAUGUGGAGCACAUUAGACAGUACUGUGUAAGAAGCCAUAAAAAGUCAGUCGCUUAUUGGAGUUUAGAAUUAGGGAUUCCAAAAACUAUGAUUCAAAAUGUUGUUCACAAGCGUUUAUGCCUUUAUGCCUACAAGAUUCAGCAGCAGCAUGAAAUCAAACCUGAUGACCAGCUCAAAUGUUAUGAGUUUGCUAGUUUAAUGCUGAACAAAAUCUCGCAUUUUGUUGUUAGAAACCAGGGUUAAAGUUAGAACAUCAGUUGUGAGGUGUCUGGGAUUUAUGUGUGUUACACAGUGCCAUUUGUAGAGGGCAUAGCUGUAAAGAAAACUUAUGCAUUGUGGGUUUGCCAUCACUGAAGAGGAAGGGCAUCCUUCUCAUUUGCCUCACUCCAUAUUUGCAGAAGUACUCAUGUAGUUUUGCAGGACACAAAAAUAAACCUGUGAUGACCUGCCACUUACAAGCAGAGGCCCAAAAAUAUGAAUGUGUAACCAGCCAGAAUUGUUUCUCUGCUAGUCUGUGGCUGCACUCCAAGCCCAUGAUACCAGAUAAGUGCCAGCAUUCAUUCAGUCAUGUCAUUAUAUGGAAAUACUUUUUAACUGAAAACAAAGAUGACACUGUAUGGUCUGUAGUGACAGCAUAAUUAAAUAAUACCGAUUUAAUAAAAUAUGUAAUGUUGUCACUGAUAAGAACAGCCAGUGCUGGACCAUAUGCACUCAGCCUGAGUGCAUGCAUUUAGUUGUAACCUUUUGUUCCUGGACACCCAAAAGUGGUGACUGUAUAUGAGUACAGUGAGUCAGUAGAGGGCAUUGAGUUGCUAGUGGUGCAGCAAGUUACUGAUGGGUAUAGCAAGUCAUCAGUGAAUGUAGUGAGUCACUAAGGAUUUUUUGCAGGGUGAGACUGACAACUUUCUCUCGAAUUUGACUGCCACUAUUUUCAGGGUAGAUAUGAAUGCUGUGCGGAAAAUAAAGCCGUUAUGACCAGUGGAAUUACUGGUGAGAUUAAUAUAUCUCCUAUAUUUAUGUAAACCAACAUUUGUAACGGAAAUGAAAUAUUUUUUUCUGUGGAGUAGGAAACUAAUUUUUCAGUAUUAUUUAGCUCAGUUUCAUGCUUCAAAGGGUGCAUAACCUUUGAACCACUGAAUUUAACUUCUACACUCAAACCUGAUAUACAGACUGGUUCAUUCAGCAACUGUAGCUCUCCAUUCAAGCAGUCACUUUGCUGGUCACAUGCAAUGGGCCACGCAAUAAUGUAACCAGAUUGCUGCAGUGAUAAAAGUGUACAGUUGAUUCCAUAUGUUUUCCUAUGACUAAUCAGCUAUAAGCAUUCUUUGUUCUUGUGCCCAAGCAUGAUGAGACACCAAUGAACAAUAUGUUUCUUGCUUAGAAGAAAGGUGUCUUAUGAUGCAUAUGUAUGUAAAUGACAUCAGCAGUGUCACAUUUACCAAUGUUUCAAAGUCUUGCAGAAGCUGUCAUGAUGCCUGAUUCUGAGAGACAUCAACUGAAAUCUCUGUACGCGCUCUGAACUCUCAAAGGCACUCAAACAGAACUUGGACAUAACUCAAGAGCCACUUCAUCAAAUGUCUGAAGAAGCUGAUGGUGAUGCCGAAGUGUCCAUGUUAGAGUUGUGAAAAUUUUUAAAUUUUGUCCAUACAGAAUAUCAUUAUGCUGAUCGAUUACUCUCCGGCUAGAAUGAUAGAUGAGAGAAUUCUGAGAAAUUUCUGCAGUAGAUGACAAAAAGAAUGUUAAGACUGAGAAACAUGAUGCAAAAAUGGAAUAAUUGCAUUAUGUCAGAACAGGCUCAACUUCCUGUACCGUGAAGUUUAGUUGUGAAAGGAGACAGAAUAUGAGCAGUGCACAAACUUUUUGCUUUUCUAGUUUGAAGAAUUGACUUCUGUAGCUAAUCAGAACUAUUAAUGAUGGAACUUAUUUUUAUGAUCUAUGAAAUCUUGUUGCAUAAAUUUACAGAACGUGUUUUUAUUAUAAAUCUUAUUUUACAGUCUUAUGUGCAACUAUUUAUCAACUUAGAAAUUUAAAAUUUUUAAAUUUUGAAUUUAAAACUUAAAAAUUUUAAACUUUUAAGCUAAUAAAUAGAUGCACAUAGUACUGUAAAAUAAGAUUUAUAAUAAAAGGAAGAGUUAACUUGAUGCUACAGUACAGUAUUACAGGGCAUGCGCUAUUGGUACACUGAAAAUCCAAACUCCGUUCACUGGAUUUUACUACACAGCCAAAGAAGUUGUGUGUGGCAUCUUGUAAAUCUAGACUUCAUAUUCUUUUAUGACAUAGUAACAUGUAAACAAUAUUUUGGACCCCUGUGAAGAAUUGGCCAAAGAGGAAAGAGUUAUUUGUAUCUUCAACAGGACAGUCCACCAGCACAUAUAACAGAGUUCAGUUCAAGCAGUAAAGUGUUUUGAGUGGUCACUAGAGGACUAUGGAUGUCACAAUCCCUGGAUCCAAAUGUCUCUGGGAAAAUUUUGGACCACAACUGAUGCACAUACUUCGAAGGCUUCAGAGAUGAAAGUCCAGGACAUUAUUCUAUAAAACAAGAACAUGAACUUCAUUGUCUAAAAAGAAUCUCUCACGUCUUUGUAAAAUAUGCUUCAGUGUUGGAUGCCCAUCACAUCAGCCAUUGUAAAUAAAGUAGUCCUACUGAGUAUUUUUUUAAGUGUGGAUGAAACCUUGAAUUCGAUUCGGCAGUAGGAUGUGAUUUUCUUGUGACCCUGGACACCAGCCAGUCUCGUAGAAACUGGUGAAUGAACCAGUGUGUACAUUCACUGUUCUCGUGGUAUAUACAGCAUGUUCACUGUUGUCAUUUAUUACACGGUGUGUCAGCAUACCAGGUUCUAGCCUCUGUACAUAAUUUUGAAACACUGUGAGCCAUAAGAUCUAAAAGUUUGUGAUGAUGGUACAUUAAUACAAAUAUCAUGUUUCUGGAAAUUAUCCAUCAUCCUGUUUUUAUUUAUUUGUGUUUUUUAUGUUAGUACCAUACAGAGAAUUUAUCUCUCUAGUGAUAACUUCUGUUCUGAUAGUUCUUUGGUGCUAGACCUCAUACAUGUUAGAGUUUUUAAUGUUUUAAUGUUUUGUCUUAACUCUCACAGAUUUAGUUAGUACACACUGUCUUGUGUUGGUGUAUGUGUCCAGAGAUAGGGACUAGCUUUAUUGAUUGGGCCCAACUGAGUAGGUCUUACCUAAUGACAGAAACUGAAUCCAAUCUCCAAAUUGUUGUGUUUUAAAUAAAAACACGAUGAUUGAUGAUGUCCAGAAAUAUAAUAUUUGUACUGUCACACAUCUUAUGUAGGUACCAACUUCAAAUUACCUAUUAUGUAGGGUUUUGUGCGUUAAGGUUAUGGUCUUUGUGGAUGUGGCACUGUCUGGUGUGUUGGAUACAUACAAUUGUUUCAGAAGAACCUGUUGCCUCCUACUUCUAGGCCGAACUGUGCAGCAGCAGAUACCAGAAGACCAUAAUUUCAAUAUUCAUCACUGAGAACUUCAGAUUUCAUACAAACGUUGUAUAUGUUUGCACUAUUUGUGCUCACAUGAUUUGUAUUGUCUACCCUGAAUGUGAGGGCAGUUCAUCCUAUAUGCCAGUUUUGUUAUACAAUAAGAGACCUAUCUGUCAUGAUUACCACAAUAACCUCAGAACUCAUAGACAUUAAGGUCAUAAAAGGAAUUACAGAAUUUCUUUUGUUAUUGAUCUGUAAGAAAAAAGGUGAUAUUAGAGAUCUGUGCUUCAUGCUGUGGCCAUACAUUAGCAGUCCCAACAUGGAGCUCUCAUCAGUCUGAUGUAUAUGUUUUCACACCAGUAUUAAUUGUUGUAAAUUUCCUUUUAAAGAAUGAAACACCAUCAUAUAAAGAGUAUUAUUUUGUUUCAGAUAAUUAUGUAAACAUAUCAGUAAUAAAAAUUUGCACCAAA